UAAUCACAUGGAAACCAAGUCAUUGCCGUGUUUGACCUCAAGAGCGUUACUUACUCAAAAUUAAAUACUUUCUAUAUAUAAACAUUUGGUUUUUCAUUAAAUUUUAAUUUCUGUGUUCAGUUUUUGUUAAGCUCUCCAAUCUUCUUCCUAGUUUUCCCGAGAAAAUUUGCAUUUUCUUGGCCGAGAAAAAGGAAAAAAAGAAAAAAGAAAAGAAGAAUUUUCAUAUUUGUGAAUGAAAAAGUAAGUGUUUUUUGAUCGAGAAAAGCGGAGAUGAGAAGUGGGAAUGGAGAUUCAAGAGCUCUAGACAACGCUUUGGAGACUAUAAGCGCUGCUGCUACUGCGAUCGCUUCAACAACUGGGAAUCGUGUUCAUCAAGACACAGUUCAGAAGAGAAGAUGGGGAAGCUGGUGGAGCUUGUAUUGGUGUUUUGGAUCUCCUAAACACAAAAAGCGAAUUGGGCAUGCUGUCCUUGUUCCUGAAACAACAGCCCCUAGAGCUGAUGUUUCAGCUGCUGAAAAUCCAAUCCAAGCACCAGCACUAGUACUUCCCUUUGUUGCACCUCCCUCUUCUCCCGCAUCAUUCCUUCAAUCAGAACCUCCUUCUGCUGCACAAUCUCCAGUGGGUAUAUUGUCGCUCACUUCUAUUUCUGCCAAUAUGUACUCCCCAGGUGGGCCUGCCUCAAUUUUUUCCAUAGGCCCUUAUGCCCAUGAAACUCAGCUAGUCUCACCACCUGCUUUCUCAGCUUUUACUACUGAACCAUCAACUGCUCCUUUCACUCCACCUCCUGAGUCUGUCCACUUGACUACACCAUCCUCACCUGAGGUGCCAUUUGCUCAGCUGCUUGAUCCCAGCCUCCGUAAUGGUGAGGCUGGUCAGAGAUUCCCGUUAUCCCAUUAUGAGUUCCACUCUUAUCAACUUCACCCUGGAAGCCCUGUUGGUCAACUAAUAUCCCCAAGCUCUGGCAUCUCAGGUUCAGGUACCUCAUCUCCUUUCCCUGAUCAUGAGUUUGCUGGGGGUGGUCCCCUCAUCGUAGAGUUCCGAACAGGUGACCCUCCCAAGCUCUUCAACUUUGAAAAGCUAUCCAACCAUGAGUGGGGAUCACGUCAAGGUUCGGGUUCUCUGACACCAGAUGCUGUAAGGCCCACAUCUCGUGAUAGUUUUCUUCUCAACCGUCAGAUGUCUGAAGUUAUAUUACACUCACGUCCAGACAAGGGAAGGCGGGAUAAUGGGAUUGCUGUUAAUCAUAGGGUGUCGUUUGAGCUAACUACGGAAGAUGUUGUAAAAUGUGUUGGAAAGAACUCAUUGCCUUUGGCAGAAGCUGUAUCAGCGUCUCUAAAAGAUGCUACAACUGCUGAAGGAAGCAAUGCUGCUGAUGAGAUUGUGGAAUGUAAUGAGUGCCGUGUUGGUGAAACUUCCAAUGAUGCUCCAGAGAAAGCUCCUGCUGAUGGGGAGGAGGCAGAGAGGCAUCAGAAACAUCGGUCCAUCACUCUUGGUUCUGCUAAAGAAUUCAAUUUUGACAAUAGAGAUGGAGGAGACUCUUGUAAGCCAAAUGUUGUCUCGGACUGGUGGGCGAAUGAGAAGGUUGUUGGGAAGGAGGGUGUUCCAACCAAGGAUUGGUCUUUCUUCCCUAUGAUGCAGCCAGGUGUCAGCUAACUAGUAUACACAUCUCACUCAAUACCUCCAUGGUCACAGAGAAUUGCAGGACUUUGCAGGAUGGCUUUGGAUUACAGACCCGUUUGCAGCAACCCAGCACCAUAAUUGCUGAAUCCAAUUGAAGAGAAGUUUUAGAUUUAAUUGGAAGGUCUACUGCAUUGCUGACCCAGGUAUGAAGGCUGUUUUUGUAGUCCCUGGCCUGAAAAUAGGCAGACUUUGUCAUGACAUGUAUGGACUAUAGAUAAUGUAUAUUUGUUUUUCCCUUACUUGAGGUUGAAAUUAACAGCUGCCUUUAGAUGUUUUUGUCGUCAGCUCUUUUCAGAUGUAAUAUAUUGAUGACAAUAGAAGAGUCAUAAUAGUAAUAACAAAUAAACAGCACUGUUAAUGAUAGAA